AUGUUUUUGACGAGAAGUGAGUACGACCGUGGAGUGUCUACUUUCUCCCCAGAAGGCCGUUUAUUCCAAGUGGAAUACUCUUUGGAGGCCAUUAAGCUUGGUUCGACUGCCAUUGGAAUUUGUACCAGCGAGGGAGUAAUCCUGGGAGUCGAGAAGAGGGUUACAUCAUCUUUGCUCGAGAGCGAUAGUAUUGAGAAGAUCAUGGAGAUCGACCGACACAUUGGAUGUGCGAUGUCUGGCCUGACUGCAGAUGCGCGGUCGAUGAUCGACCAUGCUCGAGUCGCGUCUGUGCAGCACGACUUAUAUUACCACGAGAAAAUAGGCGUUGAAUCGCUGACGCAAUCUGUGUGUGAUCUGGCUUUGCGUUUCGGCGAAGGAGCGUCUGGCGAAAAGAGAUUAAUGUCUAGACCAUUCGGGGUGGCUUUGCUCAUUGCCGGUUACGAUGACGACAAGGGCCCCCAGUUAUACCACGCGGAACCAUCAGGAACGUUCUAUAGAUACGACGCGAAGGCCAUCGGAUCCGGAUCGGAGGGAGCUCAAGCCGAGUUGCAAAAUGAGUAUCACAAAUCGCUGACGCUGGCAGAUGCCGAAGUUCUGGCUCUGAAAGUUCUCAAGCAAGUCAUGGAGGAAAAAUUACACUCUACGAACGCCCAGCUGGCAAGUGUGACAAAAGAUCACGGAUUCCGAAUCUAUGAAGACAAAGAGGUCGCCAAGAUCAUUGAUAUUCUCAAGGAGCAAGAGCAAGCAGAGGAGCAAAUUUAA